AUGUUUGGUUUAAUUCUUUUAUUUUUAUCGGAUCCAAUAUCACCUACUCAAUUUGAUCCCCUAGCCAUUGGUGAGAAGCAUAAUCAACAACGGUCGCAUACAAGGCAUACCACAACGACAAAGCCACCAGUCUCUCUCUAUGCCCUCACCACCAGCAUUUGGAUCGAAACAGCGAAAGCCACCACCUCUUGUCCACCUCCACUGGAUCAAGCUACUCCAGUUUGCCGACGACACGUCUACAUUGCCAAAAACAUCCAAGAAUUUAAUGAUACAAAGCAAAGUGAUUAA